CUGCUUGUAGACUUAUGCUGAUUAAAUCCUCGUGGUCUGUUUCAAUCAAAGCACACUCGACGCGAUCAAUUGGAUUUCAUCGAAACCGAUUGUGAUUGUGGUUCAACAUCUUGUAGAGAAACUGGAUGAAAUGGAGGAAAAUAUAUGGUCCAGUCACCUAAAGACAAGAAUUGCGACAGCGUCGCACACUUUCAUCAUCAAUGAUUUCUUAUCCAAGCUGGAAAAGUCGCAGCCCAAGAAAGUGGUAACUUACUCUUCGGUCCCAUUCACAACGUGGGAUCCUUCCAGCGAGGACGCUGAUUUGGAAUUCCGCAUUGCUGUCAGGGUUCGAAGUGAAACCCCUUCAGAACCCGUCGAUGAAAAAUCGGCCGAUGUGAGUGUGAUCUUAUCAUAUUGCCCAGAGAAUUUUCGUAUACCCGCGAAACCGGACGCCAAUUACCUACGUCCCAAUAUCAGGGAACCUGCCGUUGCCCUCAUUCCAGUAACUUGCAAGUUUUGGAUCCUCGGCGAGAACUUUAAGCCCAUUGGAGAAUGCGAACACCUUGAAGGAUACUACCGGAAUCGUGGUUACCCGAUAGAUUGCAUUUUGCCUUUAGACUUGUCGAGUCCUAAAACUGGAUUAUUGCGUACCGACAAUUCUCUGGCUAUUCGGUGUUUGGUCGAGUUGGAUUGCGGUGAUGUGGUUGUAGCGGGAACUGCCUUGCCUCUUGAUUUUGAUCAACCUAGAAACCAGCGUUUGUCACCGUAUGUCUUCCCGGAUAUGAACCUGGUUUGUGCCGAACAACUUUAUUUCCCGUGCCACAAGCACAUGUUGGCUGCCAGCUCGGACGUUUUCAUGGCCAUGUUCUCAAAUGAAUCACACCAGGAGGUCAAGUGCAAUGAAGUUCAUGUUGAGGAUGUCGAUCCAAUUGCCGUGGAAAAACUGAUUGAGUUUGUAUACAAUAAUGAGAUUGAAGAUUUUGAUGGAUGUGCCCACGAGCUCAUCUAUGCUGCUGACAAGUAUAACAUGGCCAACUUGAAGACCUAUGCCAUAAAUAACGCGGUGAAGACUUUAAGCAUUGAAAAUGUUUGCGACUUCAUUACCCUUGGAGAGCUCGUCCAGUCAGAAUUUUUGAUGAAGACGGCAUUGGAAUUUGCUUUUGACCAUGCGGAAGAAGUAAUCAAAAGCGACAGAUUGAAGAAUCUCUCUCAAAAUUCUUUGAAGCAGCUCUUUGAGGCUGCUAUCAAGUUCAGAAAAUUGUAAGCGUGUCUUUGUUAUGUUGUGGAUAUUCAUUGUUACACAUUGCCUGAUCAAAUGAAGGAUUAUUCUGAUGGAAA